AAGAUUCCCCUCUGCUUGGGGACCCAAACAAAGAAACAUCCCCUUUGCAAUAAUCAAAACCAAGGACCAGCUAAAACCCACCGUCAAAUGACAGCUCGAUCACUUUCAACUAAUUCCGUCGCUAUUCGAUUACCGGGUUCACGAGCUAGGCCACCUUUUCCUGGAGAUUUGCAUCUUUGCACAUGCCCAUUUGCCCAAUUCGUCCAUAAGAUCACCAAGAAGGCAAGAACCUUCAAACCCACCAAAAAGAUCGCAUCGUUACCGUCGAAAACUGUCUCUGCACUUGAAGUUCGGCGCAACUGAUUAGUGUUGGUAUUCAUGGAUACUGCUAAUAACGUUGGCUCGGCGGCGCAGCCCAUCUCGGCUCUGGGCAGUGGCACUCUGGGCAGCCACCUGGCCCGGCGGCUUGUGGAGAUCGGCGUGAGGGACGUGUUCUCGGUCCCUGGGGACUUCAACUUGACCCUCUUAUCUGACCAAAAACAAAAAAACUUGACCCUCUUGGACCACCUAAGAGCUGAGCCACGGCUGAACCUGAUUGGCUGCUGCAACGACCUGAACGCCGGCUACGCGGCCGACGGGUACACGCGGGUGAGGGGCGUGGGCGCGUGCGUGGUGACAUUCAUGGUCGGGGGUCUCAGUGUGCUCAAUGCCAUUGCAGGGGCUUACAGUGAGAACUUGCCUGUGAUCUGCAUCGUGGGUGGGCCUGACUCUAAUGAAUAUGGGACUAGCAGGAUCUUGCACCACACCAUCGGGCUGCCUGAUUUUACCCUAGAGCUCAGGUGUUUCCAGUCGAUCACCUGCACACAGGCGGUGGUGAAUAAAUUGGAUGAUGCGCAUAAGCUGAUUGAUACCGCAAUCUCAACGGCUUUGAAGAAAAGCAAGCCAGCUUAUAUUAGUAUAAGCCGUAGUUUGCUUGGGAUUCGUCACCCUACUUUUUCCAGAGAUCCAAUUCCUUUCUCUCUUGCACCAAAGAUAAGCAAUCCAAUGGGCCUGGAAGCAGCAGUCGAAGCAACUGCAGAUUUUCUCAACAAAGCUGUCAAGCCAGUCAUUGUGGGUGGGCCGAAGCUCAGGGUGGCCAGGGCUCAAAAGGCCUUCAUGGAGCUGGUGGAUGCCUCUGGUUAUCCAAUCACCAUUAUGCCUUCGGGCAAGGGGCUGGUGCCGGAGCAUCAUCCCCACUUCAUCGGAACCUGUUGGGGUGUUGGGAGUACAAGCUUUGCUGGGAAGAUUGUAGAGUCAGCCGAUGCCUACAUUUUCGUGGGCCCCUUUUUCGAUGAUGACACCUCUGUGGACGAUUCGUUGCUAAUUAAGAAGGAGAAAGCGAUCAUAGUGCAGCCCAAUCGCGUGACUGUAGGGAAUGGCCCUUCCAUUGGGAGGGUUUUCAUGGCAGAUUUUCUAAGCGCAUUGGCCAAGAAGCUGAAGAGAAACACAACUGCUUUGGAGAAUUACCGCAGGAUAGACGUACCUCGGGACAUUUGUCUCAAGUGGAAGAAAAUCAAUCCUGUUGGAGUCAAUCUUCUGUUUAAGUACAUUCAGGAUAUGCUUGGUGGGGACACAGUAGUUAUCGCUGAAACUGGAGACUCUAGGUUUAACUGCCAGGAACUCCGGUUGCCUGAGAAUUGCGGGUAUGAAUACCAGAUGCGAUAUGGAUCCAUAGGUUGGUCCGUAGGUGCCACUUUAGGAUAUGCUCAAGCUGCCACCGAUAAGCGUGUGAUAGCUUGCAUUGGUGGUGGCAGUUUCCAGGUCGCAGCUCAGGAUAUGUCAACGAUGAUUCGAUGCGGACAGAAGAGUAUAAUCUUUCUGAUCAACCCGAUUGAAGUGGAGAUUCACGACGGCCCUUACAACGUGAUUAAGAAGUGGAACUACACUGGUCUCGUGGAUGCCAUUCAUAAUGGUGAAGGCAAAUGCUGGACAGCAAAGGUUCGCACAGAGGAAGAGCUGAUAGAGGCAAUCGCGACAGCGACAGGACCGCAUAAGGAUUGCUUGUGCUUCAUCGAGGUGAUCGUGCACAAGGACGACACGAGUAAAAAGCCGCAAGAGAGAACACCCUCGAUAUCUCCCUCUCCCUCGAAAGAUCACCGGAGGGAGAAGAGGGAGAAAUCUCACUCGAGAUCUCACUCGAGAUCUCCCUCGAGAUCUCCCUCUCCCUCGAAAGAUCACCGGAGGGAGAAGAGGGAGAAAUCUCAGAGAUCUCCCUCUCCCUCGAAAGAUCACCGGAGGGAGAAGAGGGAGAAAUCUCCCUCGAGAUCUCCCUCUCCGAGACCUAUCUCUCCCACGAAAUGGAGAGUGAGCGAGCGACGGAGCAAGACCGUGAAGACAGCGAGAGAGAGUGAGAGGAAGCAAGGAGAGGGGAAGAGAGAGAGAGGGAGAGAGAAAGAGAGAGAGAGAGUGAGUAGAGAGCGUGCGCUCGCUGGACAGCUUGCUCGCUCAAGAUCGAGUGAGGGAGCGAGAGCGAGGAGAUGGAGGGAGGGAGCCAGGGGAGGGGUAGAGAGAGAGAGAGAGAGAGAGAGAGGAUCACUCGUGAAUAAGAUGAACGCCGAUGUACGAGAGCUUUCUGUAUGACGUAAAUUU